CCAGCCCUGGAAAUGGAGCCGGUGAGGGAGAGAGAGAGAGAGAGAGAGAGACAGAAAUGAAACAGUGUAAAAUCCAGUGCGAAUCCAGCUUUUAGGAGCGUCCAGACCAGCAGGCUUCUUCACCGCUGGGGAACAACCGCCUUUUGUGUGUCCCCCCCCUCGCCCUCCCCCGCUGCAGUGGGGGGGGAGUGCACUUACCGUCGCGCCCAGAGGGAGAAGCCGAGAAGUAUCCUCCAAUCAGCCGUUGGUGAUUUCUCUCAUCUUGUGGGGCUGCUGGAGGUGAUUUAUCGCUGCGCGCUGCUCAGCACCUCAACCACCUGGAAUACUCCACCACGGUUGUUUCUUUUCUUAAGCACAAAUACCCUCUUGUGGAUAUUUCAAACCGGCUGACCAGAGGACAAAGGGAGGAUUAAAAUGGAAUUACUUUUUUGUUUCUGCUGCAGACUGAAGACAACUUUUAUGGCUGCAAUUGUGGCACAUGAGGACAUGUGAUAACAGAAGAAUACAGGCAUUUUUCUAAUUUAUCUGACGUAUUCAACAACAUCAUCAUCAUCAUCAUCAUGGAAAGCAGAGAAUGAUUGUAGCCACUUCACUGUGAUAAUCAUGUAGGAUUGAUACUUGUACAUAAAGGUUCAGGGUGAUGACGAAGCAGAGGAGGGGGGGGGGGACAGUUGGAGCACACCUGCCUGCUCAGCACGUCUGACACAUCUGUCUAAGGUAGCGUCUGUUCUCCAGACUAUGCGGUUGCGUCUCCCUUAACUUGGUGUGCGUAUGAGUAUUUCAGCGCGGGUGAGUGUGGAUUGCUUGGUCGGGGUUGGGGGUGGACAUUGGGAUUACGCUGCCUCUGGAAGGGAUACAGGUGUAGGGGAGCCGUGAACGGGGAUUAGCAGCUCUAACACCGUGCAGCCGGCAGCACACAGGCAACGGACCUUUGAGACGAGACUCUCGAGGUCUCACCGGAGGAUUAAAGAGGAGGGUUUCACCACCGUGAUGGGACACAGAGGGCAAGGAAACGCACAGGACGUCAGCUGAGAAAGUUAUGUUGAGAUUCUGCUACCCUUCUAAUUCAGGUCGGCUUUGACUGGUAAUUCAAUUAUAGGAGCUGGUCAAGAACAUGAUUUACAUACAGACAGGCUGAUAAAAAUGACCACAGCAAAUAAAUCACUGGAUGUGGUGAAGACGAACAUUGAUGGAACUUACUGAUAAGCAACCUUGCAAGCGCAGAGUCCAAUUGAUCCGUGAGUUGGCUGGAUAUUGAUUUCUCGGCUCAGUCAGGACGGGGACUUGUCUCAUCUCUGCUCAAGAGGGCACUCAUUUAAUUAUAAUCCGUCAUUCAGAUCUCACCCCAGAGCAGUGCUGAGCGUGCAGAGAACCGAUGGUUCAAUACUCGACAGCAGAUCAGAUAAACACACUGCGUUUUCGUCUGCAGUCUCCCAUAACAAUGUUGACGUGUCUUGUAUCAUUCGAAGAGGCAGCACGAGGACGAGUUCUCUGUCGAUGGCAGGUUUGUUGACAGGUACAGGAAAUGUGUCAGCGUGAGAGCUCGUAGCUGAAAGCUCCGUGUGUUGUUGCCCCCUCUUCACGGCUCACCGCCAACCCGCCUCACAUAAAAGUUAAAUUAGCAAAUUCCUUGAGCAAUACUUUGAUCCUGAGGCGGCGGAUGAGAGCAGGGCGGUCCUAAUAGCACCUUUUUUUUUCCAGAAAGCUGCUCUGUGCUGCAGUUUACCUCAGUAAAGAGAAGGACCGGCCACGGCCCAGGAAGUGUACCGUAUGACCACUAUUGACAAAGUCACUGGAUCAGCGUUUAUUUGCCUGAAAGAACUGCCGAAUCUACAUAAGAACAAAACCCGCUGGAUUUCUACAGAGAGAACACCCAAACUGGACCAUCUACAACAAGCACAUUUACUCGAACGAGCCGCAUUUUGGAGAUGGAGACGGUUACAAACACGUGGUCGUGCAGCUCUGAAACAAUCGCCACAUUAGAAUUUACUUUGCAUUAAAGUCAUUUUUUCCUAAAAAGGACCAGAGGAGAACGGAGCCAAAUAAACUGAGAGUCUUUCCCCGGCAAAGGAUGUGUCGCAUGUUAUUCUGAGGAGGGAGAGUGCAGUGAGGGUGGGGCUCUCCCACUGCCACAGACAAAGACUUUGAUAGAGAAAGUCCUGCCGUGAGAACUGGUCAAGUGGGGCGAUUCUGAACCUGUGCAGUCCGGCGCCGUGUCAAAGGUCACUAUGGGGUGCAACAUGUGCGUGGUUCAAAAGCCUGAGGAACAAUACAGGGUCAUGUUCCAGGAGUCGGAAGCAAUGACACGGACAUCAUGCAGGUUAACGACUUUGAAAGUGGAAACUGAUCCAGCAAUGUGAGGUCAGCCGUGUCUGCACACGUCCGUCAUCCCAGAAGCACUCGAGCUGACGGAGGACGUGCACGCGGUUCACAGACGGGCGUGGCGACGAGUGGAGCGAACAGUGAAGGGGAGUUACACGAGUCAGCGCCUGCAGAGCGGUCGUCACGUCGCAUGCAAACACAUUUUGUGAAUGGAGGUUGUGUAGUGCAGGUCGUUUUGGGGGGUUGAAACAGAAAGACUGCAUGUAUUGUGGUCUGGUGAGCCUGAAAUGGCAUUGUGGGCAGGGAGGCAGAGGAGCAUGAGAGAGAGAAUCCUAAAAAAAAGGCAGCCAAGAGGUAUUUACUGUCUUCAUGCUGUUUUUUUCCCCAUAAAGAUUUAGAUCUGUGAUUAUAUUAAUGAUUACAAAACAAGCCUUGCUGUGCAGAUGGCUGAAUAAUCCAGAGAUCAUGCCAAAGAAAGAAUUGAGGUAUACUGUGUACAAUUGUUCAACAGAACACAAUCCCCUCCCACCCAGCCGUGCACACAUUUCAUGGUCUUUCGAGGUUUUCAGCUUUGAGCGGUUUUCCUUAACUAAUCAAGUAUAAUUACACCUUCCAAUUAGAUUUAGAUGCAGUCCACUGAGUAACUGUUUUCAGACAAUAAAUGCAGCAUUACACCGCUUACAGCUACAUUUAAACUGCAUACCAGGCUGUUAAAUUAGUCUCCGUCAAAAAACAGUUGCUUCUCUUACCAAAGGAAUAAAACUCAUGCAUUAUACAUUGGGCUUCUGCUACACAUACGCUGCACACUGGUGAUUGGUCCAAACCCACUGGCAUGUUUCUGAUGAAUUUAGCCUCCUGUAGCCCCGAUGAGAAGGCAUAUUGUUUGUUCAGUUGAUAAAUGAUGUACUCAUUGGUAGACUUCACGUCCAUGUGCAUCCUUUUGCAUUUGGCCUACAUUUUGCAGAGUACCUGACCUACACAGACAGUAAACAGCCCCCCUCUCCUCCCCGAGCCCUGCAGCCACUCCCUUUUUCUCUCCUCCAUCACCGUAAAGCAGCACGCUGUUUCCAUGGCAACCGGCGGCAUUGAACAAACCCAACGUGCUCUUGUUCACAAUGGUCGUGAAGAAACAUGCUGACAGCCACAAACGAAGAGUCACAUAAACAACAUGUUGUGCUCUUUUGAUGCCGACGGUCGAAUGAAGGUGAAUGGAAAGGACCUCUGCCGCCUUUCUGGCGACCCCACCCUGGACCUACGGGACCCUGUGCUGUCCAACAUACUGAGGCGGGGGGCCCGCAGGCGCGCAGGCCUGGCGGGAGCCCCCGGGGGGCCGUCGCCAGUGACCGCGGGUAUGGCCGACUGCGUGGACAGCUGCACCCAGACGGACAUCAGCUUCCAGCAUAUGUUGACUCUGGGCAAGAGCAGCCAGCAUCCCUGUGGAGCUCCGCCCCCACCCGACCCCCCGCCGUCCCCCCCCCUGCCGCCGCUGCUGGAGCCGUAUCUGCUCAAUGAACUCUUCGUGGAGCCCGUGUACUACGACCCCGCCGACUACUUUGACAUCACUCAGCACGAAGUGGACAGACAGGACGAGCUGGAAUAUGAGGAGGUGGAGCUGUACAAGUCUCGCCAGCAGGACAAACUCGGGCUGACGGUGUGUUACAGGACCGACGAUGAGGAGGACCUGGGGAUAUACGUAGGAGAGGUGAACCCAAACAGCAUCGCCGCAUUAGAUGGACGCAUCCGCAAAGGAGACCGAAUACUGCAGAUAAAUGGUGUGGACAUCCAGGACAGAGAGGAGGCAGUGGCUAUUCUCACCAGAGAGGACAGCACUAAUGUCUCCCUGCUCCUUGCACGGCCCGAGAUCGAGAACGACAACCAGCUGGAUCAAGAUGAGCUGGACCCGGAGACCCUGGACAACGCCGUCCAUCUGCCCGGGGGCCACGGGGCGAGGAGCGGCCCCUCCGCCCUCGGGGUCGGGCCAGCGGGCGUCGCCGGAGUCCUCGGCGGCCGCUCGCUGGGCGGGGAUUCGCCCGACCUGCUGAAGGUGCUGAGCAACAGCCAGGAGCUGGACAGCGGGGUGGGCCGCACCGACGAAAGCACGCGCUACGAGGAGUCCUCGGAACACGACCUCCUGGGAGACGACCACACCAGCGCCUCCAACACCAACGCCACCAACACGCCGGGCAGCAUGCGCAGGUUUCUGUCUGGCCGCGGGGAGACUCCGCCCCUGCUGCACUCCCAGGACCUGCAGUUCAGCGCCGACUCCCUCUUAGGGCUGGACUGCUGCGGGCUGGAACAGGUGGAGCGGUUGGAGAGGGCCUACGCCGCCGACCCCCUCAGAAUGAUGAUGCCCGGGCUGACCGAGGAGGAGUGCGAGAGGUACAAAGAGCUCCUGGAGAUCAAGUGUUACUAUGACAAGAUCAGCAGCGCGCUGAUGCCGGCGGCGGGAGGGCAGGGUGCGGCCCCGGGGGACGGCGUCUCGCUGGACGUGAACAGGAACGAGAGCCUGACGCAGCACGAGAUGGCCCUCCUGGAGGAGGAACUGCGGCACCUGGAGUUCAAGUGCCGCAACAUCCUGCGGGCGCAGAAGAUGCAGCAGCUGAGGGAGCGGUGUCUGAAGGCCUGGCCCCUCGAGGACAAGAACGGGGCGAGCGCAGGGGCCGGACGCCCGGACGCCAGCGGUACGGCGGCCAGCGAGGAGUCCUGCCACCGCGCUCUGUCGGACAUCAACGAGCUCCCGGAGAGGGAGCGCUCGGACAAGGACAGCACGAGUGCCUACAACACCGGCGGGGAGAGCUGCAGGAGCACCCCGCUGGUCAACGAACAGCACCCUUCCCCCUCCACGCAGAGCCUGGAGAGGGGAGAGCAUCUUCUCCCGGCGCCCUCCACCCGCCAGAGAGAGCGAGGAGCCAGGGGCGACGGGCCGCAGGCCAACCUCAACCAGCCCUACUCUCCUCACUCUCACAGGAGACGGGGCGAGGCCAAGACAUACAGCCCCGGGGCAAAGGUCGGGGGACCCCUGUCCCGGGACAGGGGAACCAGGCGGGGCUCAGACGGGGAGGUGAGACGCAACCCCAGAGCCAUUGCCGAGGGGUCCGGGGGACACAGCGCGGAGAACAGCCCUUACCUGUCCCGCCGUCAGCCGGACACGAAGCCCGCCCAGCACUACCUGAGCUGCAUGCAGCUGGGGUCUCCCGGGGAGGGCGGCGUGGAGACGUGGGGCGACGCCAGCCCAAUGAGCUUGGGCAGCACGUGCAGGGACGUCGCUCAGGCCCCGGGGGCCGCGCCCCUGUCCCCGGCCUCCCCCCGCAUGGAGUGGAAGGUGAAGAUCCGCAGCGACGGCUCCCGCUACGUGGCCAAGCGGCCCGUGAGGGACCGCCUGCUGAAGGCGCGCGCCAUGAAGAUCCGAGAGGAGCGCAGCGGCACGACGACGGACGACGACGCCGUGAGCGAGAUGAAGAUGGGCCGCUACUGGAGCAAGGAGGAGCGCAAGCAGCAGCUGCUGAAGGCGCGGGAGCAGCGGCGGCGCAGGGAGUUCAUGAUGCAGAGCCGCCUCGACUGCCUGAGGGGGCGCGAGAGGGAGCAGGGGGGCGGCGGCGGCCAGCAGGGGUCGACUCCACAGCAGGAGCCCACCUCCAUCCUGGAGCUGUGCCACCGCAGGAGCGUGAAGAAGCGCAGUCGCAGGAUCCUGGACAACUGGAUCACGAUACAGGAGCUGCUGGCCCACGGGUCCAGGUCCGCAGACGGGAAGAAGGUGUAUAACCCCCUGCUGUCUGUCACCACGGUCUGAGGGACCCGGGGAGGGGGGGGCAAAGCGUUUUUGGCCCAGGGCCUAUAAGGAGACCAAGUGGCUUCAGUGCACCUCGCCGUACUUAAGGCACCGAUUGGAUUGGAGAAAAGGCCUCAUGACUGAGACUGCUGGUCACCGUGUACGUCAUCACAGAGGUGGUGCACACAUUUAGAAGAUGGAUCACAGCCGCAGGAAGGCAACUGAAGUGACAGUUUGUACAAUGAUACUCUCACUCUCUCCUCGUCUGGUUGAAUGGAUCUUAAUUUGUGAGGACAAAACAUUUUCAUGGUGCGCUAUAAGAAUGCCACCCAUCUUUUUAAAUCCAGACGUCACACGGUGAAUGUGUGGGUGGGGGAGUAAACCGACUUGAUAUUCUGGAGGAAGCACAUUUGUCUUGCUGCAAAGAGCGAUAGCACCACCUGCAGUACAUUAGAGGAGCUUUGCACUGAAGUAAUCUUUGCAGGCCUCUAGAUUUUAUGAAGGAAAUAAAAAGUGGGGCUUAGAACCAUGCGGCUGUGAAAACAUGAAGUGCCAUGGAACUGUUUAUUAAGUGUCCAGAAAGCACAUUUUGAUGUGUGCCAGUUAAUGUGGUUACAUGUUGUUUCAUUCUUGUAGUCUUCAUGUAUAACUGCUCCUUUGUUGUGAUGCAGGAAACCUGGUCAGACCAUAGAUGCUUUUUGAGAAAGAGGAGCGGUGCCUUCCUGUCAGGCAGGCUUGACUCUAUAGCACAAUUUUCAAAGCGAUAAAAGGAAAAAAGCUAAACUACUGAAGCACAGAUCAACUGACGUUUAUCUUUUUAAGAAGAGCACCCUUUGUUGUAUGAAGCACACAAACUUGUAUUCAAAAAGGGCAGUUCAUUUAUUUAAGCAGCCAUGUAAAUGAAUAAAACAUCUUUCUCGCUGCCAUUUAAAGUAGUGGUAAAGGCUUUUUUUCCCCCAGAACAACGAGUUUGGUCAGUAUGCAAAUAUGCUUUUUCCCCCAUUGUUGACUAAACAAGGCUUUUUCAUUGCAAAGAAAGAUUGUUCUUCAACCACAGAAUCUGUUGUUUGGGUCUACAGCUGCUUUGGCACUUUCAUUCUCAAGAUAACUUUUCUAAAUGAUGAACAGAGAACUAGCCUGGAUUAUUAUCCAGUUAACGCAAAGAACAUGGUUCAGAAAACAGUCAACAGCUCAUUUUUAUUCGGCUUAAAUGCAUGUUUGAUAUUGAGGCAGAAAUGUGUGUCCUUUUUAAAGACUGAAAGCAUUUGACAUACUGUAUUUGUGUGCGUGUUUCUAACUUGCUCUUGCAUAGUUAAUGAAAACAAUGUGUACUUGUUCAAUAUCGUAGUGUCCGUUUGGUGUCGGCCAUUUUCCAGUGAAAGCUUUUCUAAAUAAACGCCGUGAUCAUGAAA